UAAUCUAAUGAAAAUGAUAUAUACAUGUGAGAUUAAAUUAGAUUCAUAGAAUUGAGCAAUAGAAAUAGAGAAAUGAAAUUCAUCAUACUUGGAAGAUGAUGCUCAUGUAACUGUUAUGCUGUUAUACGCAUUUCCCAUCUGCACCCUGUGCUCACAUGUGUAAAUUCCUGCAAGAACACACCGUCAGCCAAGGAAAUCGUAGAAGCACAAUGAUAUUAUAGAAUCUUUAAUAAACAUGUAUACACAUGCAUUCUCUAUUGUCUAUUGUAACCUUUUACACUCUAACAUCAAACUGAAUAAUAAAUGUAUAUUCUCCAUUCUUUUCUCUAUGCAUCUCUUAAUGUUCUGACAAGGAGAAUUUGUUCAGCAAUCAAGACCUUGUUUGUUAGCAAUAAUUUCCUCUAUUCUCAUGACCUUGGUGUUUAAUUUAGGGAUAAUAAUGCAAAGAGAAAUCAGUUGCUUGUCACCAUUUGGGGUGUAAGGCUUAGAGAAAGUUAAUCUCCAAACAAUAAAAAACCUGGUGUGCCUCUCCUUUUGUUUGCUCUGCAACAAGAUGUUAGUAAAACAGAGAUUCUAAUCAGUAAAAAAAUCAUCAUGUACUUAAUAUUAUCUGAAGUUUACCCUCUUGUGUGAUGAUGUAUUUUUGUUGCAGGCAAAGAAAACCAAAGUGUAGAGAGUUGUAAAGAGAAAAUAACUGCACUUGUUGCAGUAAAAUUUAGAAAGAUGUCACAGGGAAACCACUCUCUUUUUGUCUGGGAUAAAAAAAGUUUUAAGGAGACAUUUAGGCUUGUGGAAACCUAAACAUAAUGCAAUAGAUGACCCUGUGCUCGUGAUGAAUGCCAAGUUUUUUGUUUGUUUGUUUUUUAAUUUGCUUUGUUUUUUUUUCCAGGUAACUGGGAGAGCUAACAUCAUUGUGUAGUUCCAGAAAAUAUCAAUACCCCCACCACGGAGGGAAUUUCAUAUAGGACCCCCCUCAUCUUUCCAAAUUCCAGCCUCUAAUUUCUUCACGCAAGCAUAAUUUCGUCCGAUUGUGCAUAAACAAACCUUGGCUAGUUACCAGUCCCACGCGCAUAUAUACAAAGCUCUGGAUCCUAGUGUUUCUCAAUGUUACUAUCAACUGUUUUCGACUACGGUACGCCUGUACUUAUCAUUCAUUGUAACAUCGCAAGCAAGUAAGCCAUAAAGAAAUCGUCAAGUCUCCUACACAUUAUGAUGCAACAGAAUUAAGCUCACUGCAGAUCAAAAUUAAGAGAUGGCGUAUGAGUAAGGCGGUCACAAAUUAGUUUAGCGCAGUGGUUACAUGCAACCAAACUGAAAAGGUAAAUUAGCUGCUAAAUGACGGUAAAAGUAGACGAAAUAAAUCUAACAGAUAAGCGCUUGUGGUCAUCACUUGGCUGAUUUCCAAAGCACCUGAAAUAAAAACAGCAUCAGACAGUUGUUUGUAAAUUUUACGAACGCGAAACGUGUUAUGAUCGGGAAAAAAAAUCCCCAGGUAACCACUCCUGUAAUCUUUGGAGACUGGUAACGAGUAAUGGCGGCUCCGUUCGAAAAACAAAGUGAUUCUCUUCAUUAUUUGAUGUUAUUUAUGUUCCAAAGCGCUACAAGGAUAAAAGAAAACUUUCUUUGGCUGCAGAACUGUUAGAAGCAUCGUAAUUUAACAACCUAAACUUCAGAACGUCCCACUAAAGUAGGUAAGUGGCGCCAAUUGACAUACGAAGAAAGUCGAUCGACUUCCUACCCUCUGGACGAAAAUUUCGCCUCUUACCCCACAUCCCCUCUGGAAUUUCCUGGGACUUUGACCCCCCCCCCUUCCACCUCUCUGGAAUUUCCAAUUCCCUCCGUGGUGAGGGUAUGGAUAUUUUCUGGAACUACACAUAGUAGAAUUGAUGCAAAAGCAAAUUAUGGUUAAUAUGAAACAUGUGGGAAUUACUCUGCAUGCUAAGUAUAAAGCUUAUUCUAAAAUGGGGACCAUUUUAUGAUUUCUUGUUUAGUCACCCUAGAUAUGGUAUUGUCAUUUCCUGUGCACAUUUCAUUUAAAAAGUGAGAUUAUAUUUCAAAACUGAAGUAGAAGCUAAUGUGCUAGGUAGUUGAACCCAUGAAGCACAGAAAGAUCAGUCAUUGAAAAGAAUACUGGGCAUGUGAUAAUGAAAAGUUUUAUCUUAGUUUGGUGGCUUCUCAUUGAACUUUUGAAUUCUAAUCACGGUGCUUGGUUGUCAUCUAAAAUCCACCUGUUUAAAAUAAACAUUUCUGUCUCAGUGUCUUCAUCCUUUGUCACUGAGAUGUCAAAAUGGCUGAUCCACUGUGCAACGCUGGUAAUGGUUUAUUGUUUCUUGUUUCUCGUUAUGGCUCUCUUUGCCAAGCUUUUGGAAAAAGCAUAGUAUGAAUUAGAAAUACUCAUGGCUCAUUUCACCUUAGUUGCUUCUUGUAACAGAAAGGAGUACUAAAACCCUACUUACACCACAACACUAUAGGAAGCUCAAGCUCAUACACUUAAACUGUCUGUUAAAACAUAAAUACUGUAAUCUGCUGCUUAUAAGCACUCUCUCCCCCCUCCCAUUUAUAAGCCCCCCCCUAGGUUAAAGACCUAUUUACCUUUAAAGAAAAAAAACAUCCAAUUAUGAGCCGCCUCCCCCCCGAUUAAAGUAUAUAAGCCCUUCUAGCUGUUUUUGUUUUUAUAAUACCAAAGUAGGAACAAGCCUCAGUGCUGUGACUUGGAAAUUUUAAUGAUAGAAGUUUAGUAUGCAACAGUUUAUUCUCGUGCAAAUCCUCAUAUUUCGCCCGCUGGCCCACAGGCGGCCCAAGCUCAUGUCUCGAGAAAAAGCAAACGAUUAAUUCAUGAAAGCGUCACGCGUUGUGGGACUCGGUGUUAAGUUACGAGAGGAACCGUUGAGAAUUUGAACACGUUAAUGAGGAAUAGUAUGGGGAACGAAAUAUGGUCGAUUUACAACGAUAAAUAUUUCGAAAUAUGAAGAUCUUACUCAUAAAAUCAAUAAAACGUAUUCACAUUUUGUGUGUCAGCUGUGGUUUCCGGCAAUUUCUUCCGUUUUAAGCUUGUUUUGCCAUCACUUUUAUUCCUGUUAUAAGACGAAGUGAAUAAUAGUGAUAGCAAAACAAGCACGAGGGGGAUGUGGAUGUAAACUCGAUUAGAUAAUUUUUACGGGCUCACAAUGUUGCUUAACCCAUGACACCCUAAAAUCAGUAUGCAUAUUCUUCAUAUUGCUCUCUAAACAUUUUCCACUAUACCAACAUGGAGAAUUUGUCCAACAAUCAAGAGCUUCUUUGGUCGGUGAUCAGCUCUUUUAUUCUGCUGACCUUAAUGGAGUGUUUCAGCGUGAUAUGGUAAGGAGAAAUUAGAUGCCAGUCACUCUUAGGGGUUAAAGGGUUACAAACCUGAAUCAAUCUGUAGCUCGUACAACGGAGGGAUAAAUCAGCAAGGCUGGAUUCUAUUAUUUUUUCUCGCACUAAAUGUAUGUUAAGGUUUUCAUGUCUAACUUUUGUUGGUAAUUUUUGUGUUGGCAGGAUCACUUAGGAGAUCUGUGUAAAGCGAUCAGAAACAAAGAUGCUGAUUUAGCUCGGUGCUGGAGUAAAAGUGAACAGUGGUGUACUGUUAUACAGCUUAGGCAAGCAGCAAAUGGUAAAAUGGUUCCCUCGAUAUCUUUUUUCUCUCUGAGUAUUUUCUCUCUCACUCGUUUUUUUCAAAGUUUUGUUUAUUGAAUUCAUCCAACCUCCAAAGAGGGUCCAUACGCCGAUAUUGAUUGGUUAAGUUUUUUUUUUAUUAUUAAACUAGUUCAAAAACUAUUUUUCCUUUAACAGUACAAUUUAAAAAAAUUGGGACCAAUUUAGGAAAAGUAGAUUCCAUAUUGUUAUUUUCUUUUCCCUUUUCCAAAUUAAGAUAUCAUAUCAGGUAUGUAUGCUUACAGUUUACAUAUUCUAUCCCCAGACCCCUCACCAGAGCCACGAGGAUCAGGGGACGUCGACACUACACGAGAACGCGGGAACUGUGAAAUGUGUAGCUUACCUCAACACUGAGAAAAGUGAUUAAAAGUUUGUUGGACAUUAUUAUUGAUAAAAGUCAAGGUGAAGCUGCAGGACAGACAACAAAGCACAGAAUUUAGAUAAAUGUCCAGUUCGGCUCUGCUGAACAUAUUUCGGCUUUUUGAGAAGUUCCGCUAAGAACGUUUUUAUUUCAUCGCCAGCGGAAUCGCUAACGGAACCAUUGAAAAUGCAUCCCUACCUCUCUACAUCAUAUUUAACUAAAAAAAAUUAAAAAAUUUCUGAUACCAAGACGCAAAACAGCGCGUGCUGAAACCAAUGGAGAUAUUUUUGUUGUUGAUCUACUGGUGUGAUGUUUUAUAUAGUGACUGAAAGGGUGUGACAGAGAUGUUUUGUGGAUGCAAAUAAAGCAGGUGUCGUUUCUGAGAUUUGCAAGUGUGUGAAUUUAUUGAAUUAUGCGCAUGAUCACUAGCUGUACUUAAAAUCUAGAACAUGCAUAUGCUUUACAGUAAAUCAUUUAAAGAUUAUCAAGUCCUUUGAACAUUGUCAGAUAGGUGUGGUCUCAAGUAUUUCCUUGGUUUUUUGCUUCAUCGUAAAUAUACCCAGGAAAUCAAACUUCCUCAGAUAGGAGGCAGUUUAGGUCACGGUUUCAAAAAUGUUAGCACACAAACGGAUUUUUUUUCCUUUUUUUCUUUUCUUUUGAGUUGAAUAGAAAAAUGAAAUUGAUAACAGAAUGGUCUAUUUAUCACUGCACCCGACAUUGAAAAUUUAUGUUUAAAACUAAUUUUUAGGUGAUACCAAGAAUUCAUGACUGAAGUUACCCAGUCGCUCGUCUCCAAUUAAUUUUUAAAAAGGGGUAUGCUCCCAAUUAAAGUUAAUAAUUGAAAUAUAAUAUUAUUAAAAAAAAUUAAAAAAAAAGAAAGAGAAAUCGUCACACUUUACCCGUAGCAAGCUGAACUGAGUCUAGUCACGGGUUAUCUUGAGUCUCGUCAUCAGUGCCUAAACACAAAAUUAAUGGAACACAUACUCCAUCUCAAGGAUGCACUAAACUGCUUUAGUUCCCCAUCCACUGCGUUUCCUAGACGGAAAACCUUUACAAUUUAAUUUGGAAACGAAUUUCUUUACGAUAUGGCGUGAAAGAAAAAAAAAAUGAUCCGGUCUAUCUUAGGAGUGACCAUCGGCUCAAGAUUAUGAGGUCCUAUGAAAACAUUUAUUGCGAAACAGUUCCUUUAUUUCUUCUUUUUUCGCAUCUGUGGUUCCUUUAAUUUGAAGUAAAUGGUCCUUCAACAACAACAAAAAUAGCUAUCUUUUUGUUGCGUUUUUCCAAGCGAGCGAAAGCAAACCCAACGGGGAGCGAGGAAAGGAGCGCCUAACGCCGACUUCCGCUAGCCUGAAAUAUGCAACAACGACGCCUGUUCUCCAGUUACGUCAUCUUACGUCAUGGUAUCCAUGGUUACUGUAUUUCUGGUCACGCGAUCCGACAAAUUACACGAUCUAAGCGUUUGAAAACCAUCAGAUGCAAACUUUCACAAAGAAACUACGACAAGUGGAGCUAGUACUCUGUGAUUAAUGCGUUCAGUAGAAAUGUAAUCUCCAUACAAGCGUAAAGAUGUGACGGAAACUAUUAAUAGUGCAGAGCAAAAGGUUAGUGUUUCGAGCUGAGCUGGAGUGCGAGCUUAAUGAAUACCUUUCCUUGAAAUUGUCUGCGUCAUUUUAUUGGCGAUGAAAUCCGCUUAAAUAUGAGAUUUCAUUUUAGUCCACAAAUGGACAAACCUUUAUCUGGAUUUAUUUCAUUUUAUUUUGAUGAUUGUGUCGCAUGUUGCAGGGAGCUGAUAACCAGGCGAAAACGUUAUACUUUCAUGACCACAAACCAAUACUGCACGUGGGCCUCCGAGUGAGAGCUUCAAGUCCACCUUUGGAGGUGAGGGUUUGUGGAUUUUAUUCUAUAUUGAGUUUAGUUUCAGUUCGGGCACGUUAGACUUUCUGUUAAUGACAUCUCGUAUUAAACACAUCAUUACAACCUCAAGUAAAUCUACUCCGCGCUAGCAAGCAUUUUACCUCCUCCAGUUUCUUUCGGAAGGUAGUGAUCGGCUGCACACAGGCUGAAUUACGCAUAGAGCUUCAAAAUGACGUUCUUAAGGGUGAAGAAUAUUGCUCUGGCUAUGUCAUUUUCAGGCAGGAUAGAGGCCCGCAUAAAUCUGAAGGGAGGAGGGAUCGUUGUUUACAUUAGAAACUCAUUUAACGCAUCGAUCAUCGAUAACUUGUCAACAAUUACGGAUGCUAACUCCCAACAACUCUGGCUUGAAGUCCAGUGCAGGAAAUCAAAAUCUUUCCUACUAUGCGCUGUUUAAAGGCCAGAUUCCAUGUCCAUGUCUAGAUUCCUGGACGAUUUUACUGCCUCUUUUAUGGGCUCGCUUCCUCUAGGAAUGGAAAUUAUGGUUACUGGCAACUUAAAUGCAGACUUUUUGCUGGCUUUUCUUGUCCUGAGGGCCAAGCUUUGAUGAAUCUCUGUAAUUCACUUAAUCUCUCGCAGCUUGUUACACAACCGACAAGGACCACUGAUACAUCAGUGACGCUAAUUGACGUGGCGCCUACAACAAACAAGAGCUUUCUUACUAGCUGCGAUGUAAAUAUUUCGGCAGUUGCUGAUCAUUGCUUGGUGGCGGUCAGUUUGAAUCUCAAAGCUUCUAGUGUUUUCACCAGAAGCUACAAAAACUACAACCCUGGUUUAUUCCGAGGCGAUUUGAUGUGUGUCCCUUUUCACCUUGUUAAUAUUUUUGACGACCUCGAUGAUCAAGUUGAGGUAUUCAAUAAUUUAUUCCUCGACACGCUGAAUGAGCACGCACAAAUUAAACGCAUCAAGAUCAAGUCAUGCCCGAAUCCGUUCAUUACAGCUGAGAUCAAACAAUCGAUGCGCGACAGGUGGCAAAAAAAGGCACGUAAAACAAACGACGUUCCAAAACUGGAGCGUUUUAAUUUUUUCAGGCAAGAAGUUAAGCGAGUGAUGAGAAUCGUUGAGGAGGAAAAUGUUCGCUCCGAACCACUGAAGUGCAGCAGAAACACAAAUUCUGUCUGGAAAGUCAUAGAUCAAUGCCUUCCCAACAAAGAUCCACCACUGACUACUGUCGAAGAUCCUACGGUCCGAGCGAACAGAUUUAGCGAUUUCUACGUUUCGGAAGGGGUGGCUGCAGCCCCUAAAGCCAAGCCCCUAUGCGAUUACAAUGGCUUCUCGGAUGAGUCAGUCGAUGAUACGGACGAACAAAUUUGAGUUUCAUGCUGUGACGGAACAGGGAAUUGAAAAGAUUGUUAAGCAUAUCCCAUCAAACAAAGCGCCCGGGCUUGAUAGAGUGUCCGCUGGAGUGCUUAAAGACAUUCUUCCGGUCACCCUACCCGUCAUUAUCAAUCUGAUGAAUACUUCGUUCGCAUCGAAUUGCUUUGCACAGGUGUGGAAGUCCGCAGUGGUCAUCCCAAACCUCAAGUCCGGCGAUCGUAAUGGCCCUGAAAACACCCGUCCUAUAUCCCUCCUACCGAUAAUGUCAAAGGUAUGCGAGAAAGCUGCUCACACGCAGUUUAUGGACUUCUUGGAUAAAAUAGCAAGAUAUCCGGCCUACAGAGUGAAAACAGAAAGUUCCACUCCAAUAAAACCGCCCUACUACACUUCACGGACUACCUCCUUGAGAAUAUGGAUGAGAAACGAAUAUCUGUGGUUGUACUACUCGACAUGUCUAAAGAUUUCGACAGCAUCCAACAUGACCCCACUUUAGCCUGGUUUAAGAGUUACCUAUUAUUACCUAUGCAAGUGCUAAGGAUUGGCAGUGUCCUAUCCGACCCCCUCCCACAGACAGUAGGUGUGGCCAGGGGUCCAUUCUCGGUCCAGCUUUGUUCACUUUGUACGUUAACGACCUCCUCUCUGUUCCGGAGAAGUGCCAAGCCAUGGGCUAUGUAGACGACACCAACCUGCUUUUGGCUCUUCCCCAGUCAGACGUCAGUGUUGCCAUUCCUGACCUCAGUAGUGAUCUCCGAGAGAUAGCAAAGUGGUGCUCACUAAACUCUCUGUUAAUCAAUCCAAGCAAAACUAAGGUCCUUGUCGUUGGCGUACCACAACUAACGCGAAACUUUACCUCAUGUCGUUCUAUUGGGGAACAAUAUUAAGCCCUCUCCUGUUGUAAAAGACUUGGAGUUCUGCAUGGACUCUGCCGUAACUUUUGACGACCACGUAUCUACACUUUCCUCGAGCGGCCUGUAUAAUCUACAUCGUAUCAAUAGAAUCAAACAUCUUUUGGACAACAAAACUCUUAUUUUAAUUAUAAAUGCUCUUAUUUCAGUAAGCUUUUCUAUUUGUAGUGGCAGUGACAUUUGCAACCAUGUGCUUUUGAGAGUCCACCAUCUUGCCAAUAGACUUUUUGUCCUCCUGGAGUCUCGUGUGUUUUCCUCUCUUGCAAAGCUACUACAUUUGGCAACAAGGAUAAAAGUCGAACACAAGACAACCUUCUCAGGAAUUCUGGGCUUUGGCCGUCUGCUUAAGUGGACUAACUGGUCCUGCGGCGUUUGACACAGUUGGCAAGCCUGCCACGUUGGCGCAUUUGGAAAGAUGAAUUUGAGUUUUCCGUGACAGCAUCAGGCAUCGACAAUCCGGAACAGCAACGAGCCGUCUUUUACUUCUAGCAGGACCGAGCGUACGAGAAAUUUUCCGUAUCAUUCCCGAGGACACGAAGGGCGACCCUAAAGACCACAAGAAAGCGAUGGAGUCGCUCACGAUACUUUCAAAUUGAAGAAGAACAUUCCAAUGGCGCGACAAAACUUUCUAGGAGCUAUGCCUGCACCUUGAAACGCUUGAACUGCGUAUAAACGAUAAGAUAGUUAAUGUUAUUGUUGAUUCAGGUGCCAGCCGUAUCUUAUGUCAGAGCAUGUAUAUCAUUCUCUAACAGGGGGAAAGCACCCUUAGCAAGGUGUGAUAAAAAUGUGUACGCAUACGCACUCUCGAAACCGCUACAGCUUAAGGGAAGCUGUAUGUUGAGAGUCACUGUACAACAGACUGACAUGUCUGCCACUGCAGAAUUUUACAUAGUCUCAGGGCAGGCUGCAACCCUGCUAGGUCGUAAAACAUUAAAGAUGCUUGCAACACUUAAGGUUGCAGUUAAUGUUAUGAACUGCGGUACAAACAUUGACAAUGCCCAGCCUCUAGACAACAAAACCGCUCUUAAAGUUAAAUUCCCCAAAGUUUUUGAGGGCCACGGCAAACUAAACGCCUACCAACUGAAGUUACACCAAGAUGACAGUGUCCCACCUGUGGCACAACCCCUUCGCCAAAUACCAUUUAGCAGGAGACAGAAAGUGACGGCAAAGUUGAAACAGUCAGAGGGACUAGAUGUCAUUGAAAAAGUCAAUGUUCCCACUAGCUGGAUCAAUCCACUUGUGGUCGUAGAGAAGCCCAACGGAGACAUUCGCAUUUGUUUGGAUAUGAGACAAGCGAAUCGUGCAAUCCUCAUGGUGAAACACCCAGUUCCCACAGUGGAAGAAACAUUACAGGAGAUUUCAGAGGCAAAAGGCAAAAAUAAAUUUCGGACAUAAGAAAACCUAUGAAAAUCAUUUCCGCAUAUCUAGAAUUUCACUCAGUCAAAAAAACUAGCGGUCAUAUUAAGUAGGUUCGGAGGUAUUUUAGUUCCGAGGCAGAAAACUUGUCAAAUACAAGCUGGAAAAAACCGUGUGAACAAAGAUCAUUGCGUUACAAUGCAAAUAUAUAUUGAGCUAUUAAGAGGCGAUAAGUGAAAUAAGAAUGGAGAAUGGUGGAAUUUGGGUUGUGCAGGCGAGGAAAGAUUUGGAUUCCAGCGGCUAAAUUUAACGAAUUCUGCAAACGUAAAUUUGAUCAACGUAGGUUGCUAUUUUUUGCUGUUUUCGUCGGCUGUAUAUAGGUUAAUUAUUCUGUGGAGUUGGAUGAUUAUCAUAAUUGUGGAUCUCUUUGUGAUUUUCCGGAACCUUGGCUUUUGAAAUAAGAGCAACCAAGCAUUGCAGUAAGAUCUGUAACUACAAGUUCACAACCAUGUUUCAUCAUGCACAAGUUGGCCAUGAUUCUUUGAUCAGAUAGAGGAGACAGUUGAAUUUAUUUGCCAUGCUGUGGUGUUUUAAUCGAUUUCUUUCUUAUCACAAACUUAAAUACAAAUCUCUGGGAAAUAACUUCGUACAGUCUUUCAGUUGUGUUAAAGUGUAUACGGCCUGUUUUCGUACUAAUUGACGUUUUUGAUAAACAAAUCACGGCUCAAAGGAGAGAAGUCUUUGUCAGCGGAGAUGGAAAUUGUUUUUACCGAGCUGUUGCUUUUAGGAGGAAUGAAACAGGCGCUGAGAAAAGCGAGGGGAUCAGGAGGGGGAGUUGCAGUUUGUUUCAGAAAGAGGUUUUUGAGCUGCGGCUCUUCGCUAUUUUCAAAUACAAAAACAGUCACGAUUUCUUCAACUCUAAAAUUUUCUACAGUGGUGUCUUCGGCUGAUCUAACUGACUAAUCAUGGUCGACUGUAAUUGCACAAUUCCUUUCAAUGCUACGCUCAGUAAUUAAGGCAUCCCACGGAAUCGCCUCUACUUAAAUUGAGCCGCAGCUUAAUUCUUUAAAUUGAACAUAAGAUUGGCAAAUGUGAUUAAGGUUUGCAAAGAAACCUUCGAUUUUUUCCUUUGCAUUGUGGCUUGUUUAACUUGAUAAAUUAGGAAAAUGAACUGAUCGCUGAAGCGCUUGGGGAUGAUAAGUAACAUUUUCUUUUGUGUUCUUUUUUAGGUAUGGAAGUUCCUCGAGGCAAGGCAGAUCGAGAUCGUGAACAAGACAGCUCUCCAGGUUUGAAAACACUGAAUAUGAACAUUAGCACUAUUCUACAAUGAAAUCUUUUAUGCUUAGAGAAGAGCCACUACAUAUUUGCGAGUUUAUUGUAAAUAUUGAUCAUGACCUAAAUUUUGUUUGAAAGUAAAAUUAGUACAACGACAUGAAGAUGAAAAAAAAAGAACCUUAAUCAUGCUGCAAAUGUUGCGUGGCUUUCAGAACUGUUAGUUAAAGUCUCACCGGAAUAAACUGAGGGCUAGUCUGCCAUCUUUAGGUAGAUACUUUCUCCUCAUUUUGCUUAAAGUGAUGCAUCAUUAGCCAGUGACAGGGUUAUACCACAUUCGAAAAAAAGCUUAAACAUGUUUCAAAGCUGUUUUGUCAAACACAGUUUAAAAUAUUCAGUUUCUUCAAAGGAGCUGCUUAAGCCAAUGUUUCUGAUUUCCAAUCAGUUAAGCUCGGUCUAAACGAAGUUUAUUUUGCGACACAAACUUUCUCUGUUACCACUAGAAUAUAGAAAGGUAUUGAAAGACUUGGUACUUAUCUGUAAUGGUAAUCGGCCGGACUGAGAAAAUCCGAGUUCUCGCGGCUCUGUGACCUAAUACCGAAAGUACAACACAAGGACGAGGCUCGGUGCGACGUCGCUCUCAUCGGUCUAAAAAAAUUAAGGUACGUCUCUCCUUGGAGGGGGUUGGCUGGGGAAUUUUGGUUUUUUUUUUUGCAAAGGAAACAGUGCAACGCGACGAGUUGAUUACAUUCCCAGAAGAAAAACUACUUCCCUAUCCACUUUCGCUGAAGUUUUGGAUUCAUGACUUCACCGGUAUUCCAGACUUCAGGUUUCCCGAUAGUUACCAUUAUCUGGUUGAAAAAGAUGGUUACGAUGAAGACUGUUUACGGUCGUAUAAAAGCCUUGAGAGUUUUCGCUUGUUUACUGAUAAGCAUGUGGAGGAUCUCAAGUACCACGAUUUAAUUGAUGAUGGGGCAGAUAAAUCGACUGGAUUCUGCUAUUUCCAGUUCAUAGUCCUUUUCUUUGAAAGCUUCUUCUCUACAAACUUUGUUAUCCUUAAGGACGAAGCCGUGAUCUUUCAGUGGAAGUUCAGUAGAAACACGGAAAAUUUGGGCGGGAAGUACUUCUUUGCUGUCUGCGUUACCGUUUCGUUUUCUCCGCUCAUUCGACCUUUUUUCGCAUUGAAUUAGAUUUCUACGGACUGUAUGCUGAUUAAAUAUUAUUGGAACCAGAGAGUUAGUUCCAGAAAGUGUCUUCACGACUUGUUUAGUCUCAAAGUAUUCGGAGCAUAUAUGAAAGUUCUUGAUGGACGUGAACUCGGAAAGGUUGAGGUCCGGCCUUUUUUAGAGUUAUUUUUGCACACAGAAAUGGCACAAAACUUCAUAUUCGACUUGCAGUCACUCCGAUCUUGCUUUCAAAAUAAGCGUCCUUCAGCCUCAGCUUGGUGCUGAUAAUUAGUUACCAGACUAUCUCGCCAAAACAAUUUGAAAAUAGCCUACAUCAUAACUACAUCAGAAAUGGAAAUCACUGUAUGAGAAUGAAGAACUGAAAGAAUGAAAAAAACCUUAAUCGAGAAAAAGACUGAUGUAGCAAUAUACCUAGAAUUAAAUAUUAACUGUCGCGAAGGAGAAAUUGUUGCAGGAGAAAAAGAGAUCACUAUACGAGAUUAUCGAUUAGUUUUUCUGAGUCGUUGAGCAAUAGCUAGUAAGCGGAAUAUUUCUCUUAAAAUGUCGGAGCAACUUAGUGCAGAAGGCUUUACAGAGUUUGUUGAUUUUGUAAAGAGGACUAUUGAAAGAGGCGCAUCUGUUUAUCACGGAUCUGUUCAUGUAGGAUUAGAAAUCUGUGUCAGGAAGCUUGAGGAACACACAAGAAUGCUUAUCGCCAUAUCACUGUCUAAAAAUUCCUCUUCAGACCUGUUUGAUCUGUUAGAAUUGUCUUUAGUCGUCUUAUUAUAGAUAUUUUAAUGCAUCGAGCCUUUGUCCUUCUCUGCAAGUUCAGGAGGGAGACUGGUGUACAUUAUUACAAAAGAAAUGAUCAAGCAACUGUGUGAGACUGGUUUAAACUGGAGAAGAAUAACAACAUGCCUUGGAAUCCCCGACCACAGACAACCCAAGCACCAGCUGUGAGAUGAUCAUUUUGCGAAGUAGCAGUCGUGCUGAAAUUAUCAGAGUUUAUAUGGGAACAUUUACGACCGCUCUUAGGAUUAAAAAAAUACUCUUCCUUGACUAACGUCGACGCCAAAAUUGCAUCCAAAGUUAUAGCGACCCGUAUUGUCAAAGUUUUACCCGAAAUCAUUCAUAGCAAUCAAACUGGGUACGUUUCAGGUCGCUACAUAGGGGAAGCCGCAAGAUCAAUUCUAGAUAUAAUGGAUUACACGAAAACUUAUGAAAUCCCUGGAUUGCUACUUUUUAUAGAUUUUGAGAAAGCUUUUGAUAGUCUGGAGUGGAAUUUUAUGUUCAAAUGUUUAGAAGUCUUUGGAUUUGGAUCCAGUCUUACAAGAUGGAUAGAAACCUUUUACAGUAACAUAACAAGUUGUAUUAUCAACAAUGGAACGCUCUCAGCUAGCUUUGAAAUAAAUCGAGGUGUAAGGCAAGGAGACCCCCUUUCUCCUUACUUGUUUAUCAUUGCUAUGGAACUACUAGCAGUCGCUAUUCGCUCAUGUUCAGAAAUAGAUGGAAUCAAAAUAGAUGAAAAAGAAUUCAAAAUGGUACAGUAUGCAGAUGAUUUAACAGCUUUUGUGUCGGAUAUCAGAUCUGCUCAAUACCUUUUUAAGUUACUUGAUCAAUUCCAAAAAUGUUCUGGCCUAAAGGUGAAUUAUACAAAAACCGAAGCAAUGUGGAUUGGCUCUUCCCGUAAUAACAUCGAAACACCUCUAGCAUUGAAAUGGCGUAAAACUGUAAAAAGCUUUUAGGGGUUCACUUUAGUUACAAUAACGAAGAAUCAGUGCAAAAGAAUUUCUACGAUAAGCUCAAAGGAAUUAAAUCUCAGAUACGCUUGUGGAGUUGGAGAGGCCUCUCUCUGUUUGGUAAAGUUACAAUUAUUAAGAGUUUACUACUUCCUAAAGUUUUAUACAUCUCGUCAAUUCUUCCUUCUCCUUUGGAGUUCAUAAAGGCCCUUCAAUCAAUUAUAUAUAAUUUUCUUUGGAAGGGUCCUGAUAAAAUCGCCAGGACAGCAGUAAUAAAUGAUGUUGAAUUUGGUGGCCUAAAGGUAACUGAUUUUACAACGUCAAUUAUGUCACUCCGACUUUCAUGGAUUGGAAGAUUUCUAAGCGAUAAUUUUUAUCCCUGGAAAGCGUAUCUAUUACAUUUACUAAAACCUUUUGGUGGAAAAUUUUUUUCUUCAUUGUGAUUAUAAUAUUAAUGACUAUAACAUUUCCCCAAUAUUUUAUCAGGAGUUGUUACAAUGGUGGUCAGAUUUUCGUUCUAAAUUUGAUCUUGUAAGUCUACGUGAAACAAUCAUCUGGAACAAUCAUAACAUUAGAGUAAACGGCAAACCUUUAUUCUAUUAUAAUUAUAAUAGCGCAAAUAUUAUUCUUUUAAGCGACUUAAAAUUUGAUUUGAGUAACACAGAGUCCUUUAACCUUGCAAAGCGUAAUGGUUUAAAAGAUUCCAACUUUCUGACCUGGACUGGUGUUCGCUGCGCAGUACCAAGUCAUCUAAGAAUUCGAUGCCACGAAAUUAAGAAAGAUCAUGUCAGAUCACUGCAAUUUAAAAUCGGUGAUAAAAUCUUUGAUCCAGCACUUAGCAAGUCUAGGGAUUUCUACGGUUUGCUUAUAUCCAGUAAGGCGACAGAGUCCAGAGGCUUCACAAAGUUGAAAUCUAAAUUUUCUAUUGAUGAUGUGGAAACAAAAAAGGCCUUCUCAUUAAUAAGGUCCUGUAUCUGCGAGACAUAUGUGCAAUGCUUUCAAUUUAAAAUACUAAAUGACAUUUUAUUCACAAAUUCCCGCUUAGCUAAGAUAGGUUUAAUACAAAGCGAUCUUUGCACUUUUUGCAAUACUAGUGCGGAAACAAUUGAUCACUUAUUCUUUUACUGUGUUUACUCACAUGCAUAUUGGGAAGAAUUUGAAUCUUAUUGGAUCGCUAUAGCCAAAGAACAAAGGAAACUUGAGUUAAAGACUAUUUUAAUUGGUGUCACAGAUACUAAUUGUUCUUUAUUUAAUUACUUAAUCGUUUUAGGUAAGCUACAUUUAUGGAAUUGCCGUAGGAAUAAUAGUCUUCCUUUUUUCCCUUCGUAUAAGGAACUAGUUAAAAGAAAAUAUGAAACUGAAUGUCACAUUGCGGCUAAGUUUAAUGAUAGGAAGAUGCUAGAGGCUAAAUGGAAACCCAUUUUGAAUUAUAAUUUAAUAGAUACAUAGGUGUGUAAGCGAAAAAAAAAAAAAAACUGUAAAAAGUAGGGUAAGAAUUGCAGUCUAAGGAAGUAUAUUAUAUAGUAAGUAGAAUAAGUAACGUCUUGUAGGUGGUAUUGUAAGUAGUGUUCGUUUUGUUUUGUAAAGUAGUGUUCUUCGUGUUGCAAAAAAAAAAAAAAAAAAAAAAAAAUAGGAUUAAAAAAAUACAGUCAAAUUCUCAGUAAAAAUACUUCGCUUUUCUUCCACAGUGAAUCGCUUGUUAUCUGACCGCUUGCUAUGUUUUCUAGGUUUACUACACAAGAACGGCUUGUCUAAUGUAGCAAACCUAGAAAUGGAUAACUUGUUAAAAUGGGUUCUUUUAAAAAUAGCAAGCGGUCAGAUAACAAGCGCUGCACUGUCAUGUUACAGGUAGUCUCAACACCAAUUGAUCUCUAAGAGUGAUUAGUGACCAUUUUCUCCUAUCAGUAUCCCCUCUAAAACAAACAUUAAGAUCAUGAGAAUAAAGGAAAUGAUCACGAACUAAAGAGGCUCUUGGUUGUUAAACAAAUUCUCUUUGUCGGUACCAUAGGAUAUGCAUAGAGAACAGUACGGAAAACACGUAUGCUGAUGUUAGGAUGCAAAGGGUUAAAACACUUGAAUAAUAUAAAAAUUCAUAAAUUCAUAAGAUUUUCAUAAGGCUAUCAGUUACCACGAGCAUCAUCUACAAAUUGCAAAACAAGUGGGAGACAAAGCUGGAAAAGGACGGGCUCAUGGAAGUCUUGGCAAUGCCUAUCAUAGCUUAGGCGAUUUUCAUAAGGCUCUCAGUUACCACGAGAUUAAUCUACAAAUUGCAAAAGAAGUGAGAGACAAAGCUGGAGAAGGACGGGCUUAUGGAAGUCUUGGCAAUGCCCAUCAGAUGUUAGGCGAUUUUCAUAAGGCUAUCAGUUACCACGAGCGUCAUCUACAAAUUGCAAAAGAAGUGGGAGACAGAGCUGGAGAAGGAGGGGCUUAUGGAAAUCUUGGCAGUGCCCAUCAGAUGUUAGGCGAUUUUCAUAAGGCUAUCAGUUACCACGAGCGUCAUCUACAAAUUGCAAAAGAAGUGGGAGACAAAGCUGGAGAAGGACGGGCUUAUGGAAAUCUUGGCAAUGCCUAUCAUAGCUUAGGAGAUUUUCAUAAGGCUAUCAGUUACCAUGAGCGUCAUCUACAAAAAGCAAAUGAAGUGGGAGACAAAGCUGGAGAAGGACAGGCUUAUGGAAAUCUUGGCAAUGCCUAUCAUAGCUUAGGCGAUUUUCAUAAGGCUAUCAGUUACCACGAGCGUCGUCUACAAAUUGCAAAAGAAGUGGGAGACAAAGCUGGAGAAGGACGGGCUUAUGGAAAUCUUGGUGGUGCCUAUCAGAUGUUAGGCGAUUUUGAUAAGGCUAUCAGUUACCACGAGCGUCAUCUACAAGUUGCAAAAGAAGUGGGAGACAAAGCUGGAGAAGGACGGGCUCAUGGAAGUCUUGGCAAUGCCUAUGGGAUGUUAGGCGAUUUUGAUAAGGCUAUCAGUUACCACGAGCGUCAUCUACAAAUUGCAAAAGAAGUGGGAGACAAAGCUGGAGAAGGACGGGCUUAUGGAAAUCUAGGCAUUGCCUAUGGAAACUUAAACGAUUUUCAUAAGGCUAUCAAGUACCAUGAGCGUCAUCUACAAAAAGCAAAAGAAGUUGGGGAUAAAGCUGAAGAGAGACGGGCUUAUGGAAGUCUUGGCAAUGCCUUUCAUAGCUUAGGCAACUUUCGUAAGGCAAUCGAGUACCAUGAGCGUCAUCUACAAAUUGCAAAAGAAGUGGGGGACAAGGCUGGAGAAGGAGAGUCAUACGGUAAUCUUAUCUUAUACUCUUAA